UUAACAACAACCUGGAAAGGAUGGCGUUAGCAUUCAACCAGUGCUAAGGCACUGAUGUAAGAAGCUCAAACGCCUUUUAAACUGCUUCCGUUUUUCAUAAAAUGCACAAGAAUUAUGAAACAAAAGUCCAAAUGCAGUGUGACUCUACAUCAAUGACAGCUAUCCUCCGAGUUUCUACUCCUUUCCGAGGGCGGGUUUACGCCCUAGGUCAUCCCAAUGAAUGCUAUGCUGUGACGGCAGGGGACAAAGGAGAAAUCGCCAUCACACUUCCGCUGCACGGGCGUAUAUGUGGCACUAAGAAUUGGGGAAAUGGAACAUUUACUAAUAACGUAGUCGUGCAACACCAUCCAGUUGUUCUAAGAAACACCGACCGCCGAAUUGAAGUAGCCUGUGAUUAUGAAGAGGUAAAAAGAAGAGUGAGGGGUGGAAAAAAAGUUGAGGAGGGGGAAUUCCAAAGUCUGCCUCAGGUCGUUACGGGUUUAGCUCCAACUCCAACAGUCCAGCUCCGAGUCGUCACUGAAUCGGGAAAAGAUGUUAAUGGAGUGGAACUGGGAGACCUUUUGUUUCUUCAAGUAGAGAUGCUAGAUGAAAGUAGGUAAUUUGUUUGGAAAUUU